GUUAUGAAACAAAUUAUAAAAGCACCUUUAAGCAACAUCUUUUAACACAUAAAGUUUCUAAGGUUUUUAAAUGUUCUACUUGUGAUUAUGGCAUAAAUAAUAUGCAACUCUAUAAACAACAUCUUUUAAAACAUAAAGUUUCCAAAGGUUUUAAAUGUGCUACUUGUGAUUAUGGGACCAAUAUUAAACGUUAUUUCAAACGACAUCUUUUAAAACAUAAAGUUUCGAAGGAUUUCAAAUGUGCUAUUUGUGAUUAUGGGACAAAUUAUAAACACCUCUUCAAACAACAUCUUCUGAAACAUACAGGAGUCUAUAAAGAUUUCUAAUGUGCUAAUUGAGAUUAUGAAGUUGCUUUGGGCAACACCUCUUUAGGUGUUAUCUUCAAAUCACAGGUGCUCUUCAGCUUAUCUGAUUGAAAGAAACAAGUUUAACAAUUACACUACGUUAGACUAACGAUUUAUUGUUAUUAUUAUUACACCACCGUUCUUUUAUUGUACCAAAAGACUAUGUCCAUAGUCUUUGAUUGUACCAUAAUUUAUACUACAAUCAAUUCCACAAUAACAAAAAUGCCUUGGGUAGAAACUGCAGAGGGCUGUAAACAAUUGAAACUACAUAUCAAUUGUAAAGAAUUAAAUGGACAUAAUUUUAGAAAACCUCUAAUGGCAGAAUCCCUUUUUUAAUUUUUGGUAAAAUAAAACUCAGAUAAACAAAAUAACACACAAACAGAAACAAGAAAAAGUUUAACAGAAGUCCAGAAUAUCUGGAAGAAGUCGGUCAACCCAAAUGCUUAUAGGGAUCCGUAAAUAAAUAAAUAAUGUUGUUCCGUCAAAUUAAAAGAUAUUUAUUUUUUUUGUUAAAUCUGUCGUGCUGAUUAGAAUAAAUGUUUUGGGUGCUCAAACAAAAUUAAUUUCGCUUCUCUCUCUCUCUCUUUCCUUCUCCAAUAAAAUUGCACUAUUAGAUUUGACAACAUUGCAUUUGAGAGUAUCAAGGACGUUAAUGUGCUUGGUAUCUGUCUAUUACUAAGGUCUAUUACAUGGCGUUUCUUAUAUUUUAGGUAUGGACCGAAAUGAAGACACACUUGCACUUGUUAAAAUCGAACCGAAACAGGAAGAAGAAAUCCAUUCCUCUUUUGAGGGAAACAUUUUGGUGAGCAACGAAGGUUUCGUUACAAUAAAAGACGAAAUCACCAUUGGUGCACAGUGUUCUAGACGAGAUUCUAAAUCUCUAUAUAAUGAAGAAGUACAUCAAUCCUCUGACCGGUGUAAAACAGUGUCUCAGGAUUUUAAAUGUGCUGAUUGUGAUUAUGGGACCAAUGUUAAAAGCAGAUUCAAACGACAUCUCUUUGUACAUACUACAGUUUCUAAGGAUUUUAAAUGUGGUGAUUGUGAUUAUAAAACAAACAAUAAAUAUAACUUUAGCCAACACCUUUUGACACAUAAAGCUUCGAAGGAUCUUAAAUGUGCCACUUGUGAUUAUGAGACUAAUGUUAAAUUCAACUUCAAAAGACAUCUUUUAAUACACAAAAUUUUGAAGGAUUUCAAAUGUGCUGAUUGUGAUUAUAACACAAAUUAUAAAAACAACUUCAAACAACAUCUUUUAACACAUAAAGUUUCUAAGGAUUUUAAAUGUGCUAAUUGUCAUUAUAAGACAAAUUUUAAAUCCGAUCUUAAGAAACAUUUUUUAAAACAUCGAGUCAAACAUAGGGUUUCUCUUUCUAAGGAUUUUAAAUGUGCUAAUUGCGAUUAUGAGACAAAUUAUAAAAGCAACUUCAAACAACAUCUUUCAACACAUAAAGUUUCUAAGGAAUUUACAUGUGCUACUUGUGAUUAUGGGACAAAUAAUCUACACCUGUUCAAACAACAUCUUCUAAAACAUAAAGUUUCCAAAGGUUUUAAAUGUACUACUUGUGAUUAUGGGACCAAUGUUAAACGCUACUUCAAGCAACAUCUUUUAAGACAUAAAGCUUCUAAGGAUUUUAAAUGCGGUAAUUGUAAUUAUGAGACAAAUUAUAAAAGCAACUUUAAACAACAUGUUUUAACACAUAAAGUUUCUAAGGAUUUUAAAUGUGCCAAUUGUGAUUAUGAGACAAAGUAUAAAAGCAACUUUAAACAACAUCUUUUAACACAUAAAGUUUCUAAGGAUUUUAAAUGUGCUAAUUGUGAUUCAUUAUAAAAGCAACUUCAAACAACAUAUUUUAACACAAGUUUCUUUUUCUAAGGACUUGAAAUGUGCUGAUUGUGAUUAUAAGAUAAAUUAUAAAAGCAACUUCAAACAACAUCUUUUAAAACAUAAAGUUUCCCCUUUUAAGGAUUUUAAAGAUUAUGAGACAAAUUAUAAACACCACUUUAAACAACAUCUUCUAACACAUAAAGUGUCUAAGGAUUUUAAAUGUGCUACUUGCGAUUAUGGGACCAAUGUUAAACCAUACUUCAAGCAACAUCUUUUAAGACAUAAAGCUUCUAAGGAUUUUAAAUGCGCUAAUUGUAAUUAUGAGACAAAUUAUAAAAUCAACUUCAAACAACAUAUUUUAAUACAUAAAGUUUCUUUUUCUAAGGAUUUGAAAUGUGCUGAUUGUGAUUA